CGCUGCUGUGUUGAAGGCAGACAGAGGAGCGCAGGAGCGGGGUUCGGGCUGUGCAGUGGCCGCCCAGCUGCCUUCAGCAUUCAUUCGAUUUAUAACAAUUAAAAUCAGAUUAUACGAGUGAUUUCGGGGUAUUACUCGUCGAUCGAGUGACUUGUUGAAACCGGCGCGGUUGCUAAGCACCAGCCCGUUUUCGGUUAGCAGCUGGUGUGUGAUAUGAAUUUCGGGCAGCGCAGUGAGACGGAGCCGCAGUAGCGUCGGUGUGUCGCGUUCUCUCAGUGAUUAUUAUUAAUAUUGUUAUUAUUAUUUUCAUUAUUAUUAUUAUUUGCUAAACUGGCUGUCAGGGAUCACUCAUCUUCGGACGCGAAUAUACUCUCUUUAUAGAUUAGAAUGAUAAAAUUAUCCAGCAUUACGGAUUUUUUUUGGUGGGUUUUUACCGUUUGAACAUCGGCUAGUUGGUGAAAACCAGGCGACAUCCUCCUGAGCUAGCCUGUUAGCCAAGUUACCUCCUGUAACUUCGGUCUGACUUACCCCUAAACUUUUUAUUAUUUUUUUAUUUUUUAAGGACAGGUUUAUCUUGGAUUUAUUCUGGAUUCUUGAUGUGAAAAUACAGAUUGAACAUUGUAUCAACAUCAACAAGAGCUUCCUGUAUUUCACGCUAACAGGUCUGGAUUUUCUUUCUGGCCUAACUUUCAAGUUAGAAAUAAUUUUUGUUUUUUUUUCAUCGUUUUUGUUUUUAUAAGUUAAAUUUGAUAGAGAUACGAAUUUCCAGCAUCGAUUUCGUUUUGUUUUUCGAAAGGAAAAGAGAGGAGAAAAAACGUUAGCAGGGUUGCUAACUAGUUAACAGUACUGUAGUGGUUAGCCUGCUGCGGUUAUUUGUUACGUUUACUAGUUAGUUAGCUAAGAAAGCUAGCAAACGGCACAAGGAGGUGUGAUAUUCAUCAUCUGAUUUGAAAGAAGAAGAAAGAAAAGGGAACUUCAUGAACAGGUCAAGGCAGCUAAUUAUGAGUUGACUAGUCCAGGUCUCCAGGCUUGCUGUGCAAGUUAAGCUGAUCUGGCAGUGGACUUCGGACAGAAAACAACACCGAUGUCACUUCUGAUUGAGUUUUUUAGAGCUGUGAACUCGUAAAAAUAUAAAUAAGAAGAUUGAAAAUGACAACGCGGAAUCCAAUGCUGUCAGUCAUCGAGCACUCAUCUAGCCAGGCUCACUCCGACUUUAAGGCCGGCGGUCGCUCCAACAUGCCUCGCGGCCGCAACUCGCUGGCCACCGCAGCCGACGACCAGCCGCACAUCGGUAAAUACCGGCUGCUGAAGACCAUUGGAAAGGGGAAUUUCGCAAAAGUCAAACUGGCUCGGCACGUCCUCACCGGCAAAGAGGUGGCUGUAAAAAUCAUUGACAAGACUCAGCUCAACUCCUCCAGUCUCCAGAAGCUUUUUCGGGAAGUGAGGAUCAUGAAGCUGUUAAAUCACCCAAAUAUCGUGAAACUGUUCGAGGAGAUAGAAACCGAGAAGACACUUUACCUGGUUAUGGAGUACGCCAGUGGAGGAGAGGUGUUUGAUUACCUCGUCGCACAUGGCAGAAUGAAAGAGAAAGAAGCCAGAGCCAAAUUUAGACAGAUUGUUUCAGCAGUGCAGUACUGUCACCAGAAGUUCAUCGUUCAUAGAGAUCUUAAGGCUGAAAACCUGCUCCUGGAUGCUGACAUGAACAUCAAGAUCGCAGAUUUUGGCUUCAGUAACGAGUUCACCCUGGGCAACAAGCUGGACACGUUUUGCGGCAGCCCCCCGUACGCAGCUCCAGAACUCUUCCAGGGAAAAAAGUACGACGGGCCAGAAGUGGACGUGUGGAGUUUGGGGGUCAUCCUGUACACACUGGUCAGCGGCUCGCUUCCUUUCGACGGACAGAACCUGAAGGAGCUGCGCGAACGCGUUUUAAGAGGGAAGUACCGAAUACCGUUCUACAUGUCCACGGAUUGUGAGAACUUGCUGAAGAAAUUUCUUAUCCUCAACCCCACCAAGAGAGGGAGCCUUGAGCAGCAGAUCAUGAAGGACCGGUGGAUGAACGUGGGCUAUGAGGACGAUGAGUUGUUGCCUUACAUCGAGCCUCAGCCCGACUACAAGGACCCCAAGAGGACAGGUCAGCACCCCGGCAGUGCAGGGGGUUGGAAGAGAGAUAUCAUGCUACAAAUGGGAUACAGUCAAGAGGAGAUACAUGACUCCCUUAUCAACCAGAAGUAUGAUGAAAUCAUGGCAACUUACUUAUUACUGGACUACAGGAAUUCAGAGCUGGACGAUUUCUCAAUAAAGCCCCGCCCAAGCAUCGACCUCACAAACAAUGCCCAAUCACCUUCUCACAAGGUACAACGCGGUACCUCGAACCAGAAGCCGCGCCGAUCGACAGACCAAAGUUUGUCUGUGCCGGUUAAGCGCACUCAGGGUGACAGUAAGCACAUCGCUGAAGACUACGGGAGAAAAAGCUCAGGCAGCUCGGCUAAAGUUCCUCCAAGCCCGCUGAGCACAGCCGACCGAAAGAAAACCCCGACCCCGUCCACCAACAGCAUCCUUUCAACUGGUACGAGUCGUGGGAGAAGCUCUCCAGGUCCUGAGAGAUCUACUCUGGGCGUACAGAAUGGCAAGGACAGGAAGGGGUUUGUGGAUGUUUCUCCCCCCAGCUUGAGCACACCAGGGUCCCGUGCCUCUACCGCAUCGGCAGCUGCUGUUCUAACUCCCUCUUCUUCCUCCCGCCCCCGCCAUCACAAGUCCCUGUCCACCUCUGCCCACCCCAACUCCCCAGACCUCCAUGCACAUCUGCCCAGCGGUGUUCCACAAAGAGUGUCUCCUUCAACCAACAACAUAAGCAACUCCACGGUAGCAGACCGCACCAACUUCCCAAGAGGGGUGACGAGCAGAAGCACUUUCCACGCAGGCCAACAGAGAGCCUCACGCGACCAGCACGCCUCGACCUACAAUGGGCCCCCGGCCUCACCGGCGCUCUCUCACGGGAACAGCCAGGUCCGUCGCACCGGUACUGGCAUCUUCAGCAAAUUCACCUCCAAAUUUGUGCGCAGAAAUCUCUCAUUCAGAUUCCCCAGAAGGAGCCCGUAUGAGGGAGAGGGUCGAGAUGAGGCCAGCAGACCCAUGUUGAGCACUGCAGAAAAGCAGGAGAAAGGCGUCCAGGGAUCAACGGUGGAUGAAAACAGGGACUCAGUGUCAUCCUCCUCUCCAGUGUCCAGCACGCCGUCCUCCACCCAGUCCUCCAAGGAUGUCAAGCCGCGUUCGCUGCGCUUCACCUGGAGCAUGAAGACCACUUCGUCCAUGGAGCCCAACGAGAUGAUAAAGGAGAUCCGGAAAGUCCUGGACUCCAACAACUGCGAUUACGAUCUCCGCGAGCGCUUCAUGCUGCUCUGCAAGUCAGGGAAUCCUUCGCACGACGACUUCGUCCAGUGGGAGAUGGAGGUGUGCAAGCUGCCACGCCUCUCCCUCAACGGCGUGCGCUUCAAACGCAUCUCGGGCACCUCCAUCGCCUUCAAGAACAUCGCCUCCAAGAUCGCCAACGAGCUUAAGCUGUGAGCAUUGAAAUUAUGUGAUUUGGGGAUGAAGCUAAAAACCUAACUUUGGCAGAUGAGAGAGCUGGAGCCCAGAUGUGCGUUAGGAGAAAAUGGACAAAGUGGCGCCAUCAGAAGCGGGGACAGUGAAGUGGUUAAAGAUUGUAAAUGAUGCAGGAUGGUUAGCACAGUCGGGCGGGAGAGGUUGGCGUGUGUAUAGAUGUUUUGAGGGCCGCCUUGAUUUUAUUUAAAUUUUUUAUUUUUUUGGUGGGAGGUGUUUCCUUGGUUUGGGUUUUCUGUCCCCACAUCACCCUCCCCCCACACACCUGUAUUUUGUUGUCAUCAUUUAUUUGUGGCAAUUUUGUUUUGUUUCCAGUUUUGUGGUUUCUCCUUGCUCUGUUCAAACAGUAUAGUGAUGGAGGAAGGACUUUAUGUAAUUAUUGAACUGAAAAGUGUUUGCUGGUUAUUCUUAUACUACAAACUCGAAAACCAGCAACUGUCUCAACACGCUGUAAUCCCCAAUCCCCAACGUUACUUGAUUUUCUUACUUCCAGUUCCAGAUUACUGUUUAUGAACAGAGAGGUAGAUUGGUGGUUCUGACACUGAAUGUACAGCACGCUUAGUGAUGAGUAACUGAGACUGAAGUACUACGCACACUUUAUUAGAGCCAUAGUGGAAUCUGAAUAUUCACUCAUCUUGCUGUGGUUCACAUUCUCAGCCUUUACACUCACGUGUACAUCACAGUAAUGUGUCUGGUCUGAUCUGAUCUGAUCUGGUCUGGUCUGGUCUGGUCUGGUCUGGUCUGAUCUGAUCUGGUCUGGUCUGGUCUGGUCUGGUCUGGUCUGGUCUGGUCUGGUCUGGUCUGGUCUGGUCUGGUCUGGAAAAGUGCAGACUUGAACCUUCAGUGCUCCGAAGGUGGAUCAGCUUUCAGCACUCUAAGCCCAAAUAGGUUUAUUUCUUUUCCUGCUGCACGGGUCAUAUCUCAAAAAAAAAAAAAAAACUAAUUAAGGGCCAAUUAAGUAAUUAUUGGUGGAUUGUAGUGUAAUUAAGAGUUGCUGGUUGGUUUCAAUGUGCUGCACUGGAAUGAGUCUGUGUUUUGUUGCCUUUUUUUCUGGAGAAGAUUAUAUUAUAAGAAUAAAAAAAGUUGAAUGA